CUUCUUCUUUUUCUUAUGAAACACCCAAAUGCGAAGGCCAAACACCCUUCUGACUCUGUCUGAGGCUAAGACAAGAAGUUCUUGUUUGGAGCUGAAGCAAGAUGAUGGCUAGUAUCGUUCACUUACUCGUGCUAGUCUGUGUGGUGCCUAGCUUGGCUGCGGGGAAGCACUCCAUACCGACAUUUAGUCAUAGAGUGGGACCGUCUGAUGAACUUGAAGAUGUCAACCAUCCCUCUUUCAAAACUCAUCUGCAGUACCCCUUUGCCGGCAAGAGUGCUGACGAUCCUGCGACAGGCCAAAUGACUGUCAGCAAGGCCCUAGUAUCGUCGGGCGAUACUGUUUCUGUGUCUUGGGCUGGCAUAGCUGAUGCCCGCAUCUCUGAUUGGAUUGGAAUCUACAGCCCUGCCAACUCUUCAGAGAUGGAUUACUUGGAUUAUCAGUGGGCCAACGUCUCAUCGAGCUGGAAGACAGGCAGUGGAGAGUUUCCUGUGAAGCUGUUUAACAUGCGCGUGGACUACGGAUUCAGGUACUACCAGACAAUCAAUGGCAAGCACUAUGUGAAGGCAACUGCCCAUGUUGCUGUUGAGCAACAUGAAGCCUGUGGCGGUCGCUUGUCCUUGGGUAAUGACAUUGACACCAUGGCUCUAAUGUGGACCACUGACAGCGAAGAAGACCUCAUCGUGCAGUACAGUUUGUCUGAGUCUUUUGAGCAUUUCAUGGAGGUUCCUGGUUCCCAGAUCUCCACUCGCACAUACGCAGCAAAGGACAUGUGUGGUCCGCCAGCCACUUUGGUAUCAGCCACUACAUACCGUGACCCUGGCUUCCAGGUGCUGGCUUAUAUGACGAACUUGACCCUGGACACACUCUACUACUAUCGCUUUGGCACCAAGGGCUUCCGCCUGGUGGACGGCCAUUUUCACACUCCUAUGCGACCUGGCCAGGCCGAGUAUGGCCGCUUCAUUACCUUUGGUGAUUUUGGGGUUCAUUACCAUCCCCAAGUAUGGCAGCAGCCUGGUGCACCAAUGAUUGGAAAUCUCCUGGCCAAAGAGGCGCUGUCAAAGCAAGUUGACGCUAUUCUGCACUUUGGAGACUUGGCAUAUGGCGUCGGCCAUGGCUAUAUCUGGGACCAGUGGAACUGGCUGAUGUCGCAGAGUGCUCGCUACACACCAUACAUGGUUGGAGUUGGCAAUCACGAAUACGAUCACUUGCACGCACCUCCGAGUGGUGUUGAUGUCAGCGGUACUCCUGGCAUCGGCUUCCAUCCGUCUUGGGGAAAUCAUGGAAAUGAUGCUCAGGGUGAGUGUGGUGUACCCACUUUCCAUCGCUUCAAGAUGCCGGCCGAGCAUAAUGGCGGUAACUCUGUCUUCUGGUACUCGUUCGAUCUUCAUCUUGUCCGUGUGAUCAUGAUGAGUUCGGAGCACGACUACUCUCCUGGCACUCUGCAGUACAAGUGGCUGGAAAGUGUUCUUUCGUCAACUGACCGCAAGGUGCUACCUUGGGUGGUGGUGACACUACAUCGUCCUAUGUAUUCCAAUGAGUCUGAUUCUCAUUCGGACAAUGUUGUUGCCAACCACGAGCGCGAACUCUUUGAGGACUUGAUUGUCAAGUACAAAGUGAACAUCAUGUUCUCGGGACACUAUCAUAGCUACAUGCGCUCUUGCCCCGUCAUCAAGAAUGUUUGCAAGGAGCCAGGCACCGCUCCCGUGCACGUUGUCGCUGGUACAGCCGGUGCAGCUCUGCAAUCACCAAGCUCUACUUUCCCAGCUCCAUGGACCGUGUUUGGUGCUGUCAAGUUUGGUUAUGCUGUAUUUGAAGUGAACACAACUCACCUUCACAUGGACUGGAUGAGCCAGGAUCUUGACACGCAGGAUCUGCAUGUUGCCGAUUUCGUUGAUGUUCCCCUGUGGAAAGACUAGGCUGCUGCUUCACAGCCACCUCAGCUCACCUAGGCUAUUGCUAUCAUAUCAUGGCUUGACUUGUACACGUUAGACGUACAUUAUGUACUCAUUAGGCUUGCAUUGCAUGUGCAUGAUUGUACAGACUGUACUAGUUAGGCUGCUUUUUCUCAGAUGCUUCUCUUCUCUGCAAAAGUCUUAAUUCUUGGAAGAGCUCUUGCACAAAACUCUUCUUAUAUUUACAAGUUACUGCUAUGAGCCAACAAUUCAAAGUUUUCAAUAAUACCAAUACAUGUAUUACACGAAA